UAAAUUUUAUUUUUCAUUUCAGAAAAAUGGGGAACACCUGGGUCCGUGAGUUCCGCGAGGGUCCUGAGAUAACUCCUCGGCAGGACUCCGUUCCAACAUUUGACCCAAUGCUCGGGUUCCCCAAUGGUAGAAAACCCAGGGUCAUGACCGUCACAGCUGAGGAGAUGGACGCUGUACAGCUGCAGCCUGGAGAACGAAAUUUCUGUGCAGAAUAUCAUAUUGCGGCAAAGGUUUGUUUCUGGAAGUAUCCCUGGUUUAUGAAUUUUAAAUGCUCUCACGAGAAGCACGCCGUGGACGAGUGUCUCAGGGAGGAUUACAAGCUUAGAAUGAUGGAAUGGGAAAGAGAACGAAGAUUGAGAAUCCGCCAGAAGAAAAUAGACGAACUUGAAGCAGCAGAAUCCUUAGAUUAAACUUGUAAAAAUAAGAUGUAUAUUAAUAAUUAGUACGAAGAAACUUCAGUACUCAUGUAGUCAGGAUAGGAUCUUUUCAGA